CGCGAAUAUGAAUACAUUUGAUCUCCAAACAUUAUACUUCGGUGGUUUGUGAACGCUGUCUUCAAACUUAGCAGAAAAGAUCGAGUCUAGAGGGUUUAUUCUUCGCCAUUAAUGCUUAAUGAACUUCGGUCUUUGACCGAUAAAGGAGUGUAGCUUUUUUUUUGAGCAUUUUAUUUGAUUUUGAAGAGAAAAUGCCGAGAGAUCACUACCGAAAGGCUCCUGAUAGAGACCAUUACUCUCAGAACCAUAAGACGGAUCGCCGUGAGCAUGAAACAAAUGGCAGUCAAGAGCUCGACGAAGGAGUUAUUGAAGUCCAAGUUAUCCCACAAGAUGAUAACUGGGGUGAAACAGCGACGACCAUAACUGAAACCGCUACUUCUAUAGUGACACUUAGCGAGGAAGACAUUAGUGAACUUGGCAAGGAAAAGAAGCGUUUUUCGUUUGCUUCGUGUCUAAACAUCAAACUCAUCCCCGCUGGAAUCUUAAGUCUACUGCUCAUUAUCUCACCGAUUCUUUUCAUCGUUUUACCCGCGGUCUUAUGGAAGCCUCUGAUGUGUGGAAUCGAAUGCGAUGGUAUGUUUUUGAGCCUAGCUGUGAAAGAAAUCGUUCUAAUCGUAGGAAUAUGGGCUUUGUAUUUCCGAAAGACGCGGGUGAGAAUGCCGAGGGUCAACGUCUUGCGAGUUGGGAUCAUGACGCUCGUGUUUUUAGUUCUUGUGUGCUACUGGCUAUUCUACGCUUUGAGAGUCAUUGCCAACAAAAACGACUUGAACCUCGCGAAUAUUAUUCACUUUUCAUCGACUUUAUUAGACACUUUAUUAUUCCUACAUUAUCUGUCUGUGGUUGUUUUAUGGCUUCGACAUUCAGAACCUGUGUAUAACCUCAAAGUCAUCCGAAGUACGGAUGGUGUGAGUCAGUUUUAUAAGGUGGGAACGAUGUCUAUACAAAGGACUGCCAUAUUUGUGCUCGAACAAUACUACAAAGAUUUCCCCGAGUAUAAUCCUUAUAUGAUGUCAGUUCCUGCUCGUGCGGCCACCAAACAGUUCUCGACUCUAAAGUUCUACGAUAUCGAUGGCAAACUCACCGACAACAGUAAAAUUAAUCCGCGAACUCGAGCGAUCAUUACUUCGAGUUCCCAAGGCCGAAGGAAUCCCGGACGAAACGACCGAUUUUACGAAGAAGCUGAGUUUGAGAGGAAGGUGAAAAGACGCAAAGCAAGGCUAAUGGCAGCGUGUGAUGAAGCGUUUGGUCAUGUUAGACGUGUUCAGUUGGACAGAGGACCCACUGUUCCUAUGGAUCCGGAGGAAACCGCUCAGUCUUUGUUCCCUUCAUUCGCGCGUCCUUUACAGAAAUACCUUCGUACCGUGAAGCAACAUCAUCGGCAUAACAUGGAUGCCAUUUUAAAACAUUUAUCUCAUUGUCUGGCGUUUGAUAUGUCGCCUAAAGCCUUUCUGGAGCGGUAUUUGAGCGAACAACCAUGUAUUGAGUAUAUUAGCUCACGAGAUACUCAAGAAUGGAGUUUAGUUUGCGAGGAACAAGUCACAUCGGGACUGUCCAACUCAACCGUCUUUCAACUAAAGAAUGAGCAACUUUCUCUCGUCGUGACGGUCAACGACAUCCCGUACUUUGAUCUCUCGGAAGAGGAAUUCGAUUUUGAGAAUAACAAAUUCGUCCUGAAGUUGAAUUCAGAGACCUCUGUCUGAAAGGAUUGGAGGAAGAUAGAGGAACGUUUGUUGACAUUGCGUGUAAAUAUUGCUCGCAUUUUUAAAACUUGAUACCCAAAUAUGAACUGAUAACAAAAAUUGCGUCCCAUGAAAUCUACACGUGUUGUUCGUUUCAUGAAAUCAACGCAGAAUUUAGUUGGUUUCUAUUUGACACUGGAAUGGUUUUUCUGGCGCGUUUGCACUGAACUGGCUUCUUCGAAAGCAUCGAACAGGCUUUCUUUAGCUAGUAAUGGUUUUUCUGAUGUAGAAUUCUUCGAGAAUUCAUAAGCUUUAUCUACCUUAGAUUCUAUUCAAAAAACCAACGGAACAAGGUUUUUUUGGUAAUAUUUUAGGAAGAUGUUUUUACAUGACUUAGAAGAAUAGAAUCUGCGCGAAAUAUAAACUUCAAAGUGUGAGGACAAUAGUUUUUCAAAACCAUCUCCGUUGUUGAAGUACAUAUAUUAUUAUUAUAACUUACCACGUUGUACAAAUCUUUCCAUAAUAAUCUGUAAAGUACAGUCUAGCUUAGAGUUUUUCAUUUCAAUUCAUGUCUGGAAUUAAUAAAUAUUUUUAGACGGUUUUUUGAAGUGUGCACUUAACUUUCUCUCCGGAUAUUAAUAUUAUUCGUAAUGAUUUUCUUUGUUUUUGAGAGCUUUUUUAAGUGUUACAACUUCGUAGCUCACCACUCGUCCAAUAUCUGUAAUAUGUUUACAAGUUGGGAACGCGUUUAUUGCUAGGGUCAUGGCCAGUGAUUUGUAAUACUAAGGUAAUCAUUGUUUUGUAAAUUCACCAUUGAUCAUGAUUUGGGAUAAAGUUUUCGUAAUCUUAGGACAAAAAUGGGAAGAUUUCAAGACUUUAUGAUAUUCUUCAAACAGAUAACAGAUAAAUAAUACUAUAUGUAUUUUAACAGGCAAUCAAGGGUGUGAAAAAGGUGUUUCAAACAAUACUCCGUUAUUGUUUCAACUGCUUAUUAAUGUCUAGUAUUCCAUCGCACAAAAUCCUUCGCUAUCACUGCAAGACAAACACGCCAAAUCGCUCAUGAAAAAGCUUUUUCUCUAAAUUUGAAUUUCGAAAUUCAAAUAUUAUUGCAAAUAACGCCUUCAAUUGAAAUCUAGUAUGGAAGACAAAAGACUAAAACAGCGGGACUUCGACAGGAAUAUCAAAACAUCCCAUUUAUAUUUGAAGAUAAUAGAAUUAGCAAUGCCUAGCGGCAGUUCAUGUUCAAUAGAAAGUAAUGCAUUAGCAAAUUGAUAGCGUGCUUCUUGGAGUCGAUGAUAAGUGAAAAUCUUUGAUCCGAGUAAAAGGCUGUCUCGAAAUUU